CCCCUGGCCCGUCAAGCGCGCGCCGUGGGUCCCUCGAGCCGGCAACCCCUCACUGGCGUCCCAACGGACCCUCCGUGCCAGAGCCUGCGGGACUUCAGCCUUGACAGCACCGCCCAGGCUCCUCCGCGGGGCGGCGCGCGGGCUCCUGGGAAAUGUAGUCCGGCCCCGCGUCUCCCUCAGUCCAGACCGCCGACACCUGGAGGCAGGCGGAGAUGACCGGGAGAACUCCUGGUGAAAAUGCAUCCCUCCUGUGACUGAAUUGGAGAAACAAGAAUAGAAACAUACUGAUCUCUCUAUUCUUUUGCAUAGGCUUAUGUACUCACAAAAUGGCAGUUAUUGACCUAUCCUCCACAUGGGCUUUGCCUAAACAGGACUCUGCUUAUUUCCAUCUGAGAAAUGCUGAAGAGGAAAGGAUGAUUGCUAUAUUUCUGACAACCUGGUUACAGGAACCAAUGACCUUCAAAGAUGUAGCUAUAGAGUUCACUCAGGAGGAGUGGAUAAUGCUGGAUUCUGCUCAAAGAAGUCUAUACAAAGAUGUGAUGUUGGAAAACUAUCAAAAUCUCACCUCCGUGGAAUAUCAAUUGUGCAAGCUUACUGUGAUCUCACCAUUGCAUCAAAAAGAGAUAAGGAAUAUGAAAAAGAGAAAUCUCCAAGGCCUCUGUCCAGAUCAGAAGAUUCAACCUAAAACUAAGGAAUCAACUAUGCAGAAUAUUUUGGGAGAGGAACAAUUCAAUGCAGUGAACAUAAAAUUUACAAUGGAUAAUUGGUCCUCCACAUUAAGAGAUGACUGGGAGUGCCAUAAGAUCAGAAAACAGCGUAAGAUUCCUGGGGGACAUUGGAGGCACAUGACAUAUGCCCCAAAGGAAACAGUAUCUCAGAAGCUAUUCUGUGGCUAUCAUGAAUUAGAGGAAAACUCUAAACAUAGAUCAAAACUUAUUUUUUCACCAAGCAUUUUCACCAGUAAACAUUGUCAAAAUUGUUACUCAGAGAUUGGAUGUUUGAAAUACAAUUCAAUCAUAAACAAUUAUGUGAAAAACUCUGUAAGUGAGAAGCUCUGUAAGAGUCGUGAAUAUGAUACAAAGCUAUGGCAUCUUCAGAGAAAUCAAACAGUACAAAAAGAGUACAUAUAUUCUAAACGUGGAAUGCACUUCAAGCAUAAUAUAUUUACUAUACCUAACAAUUUGCAUGUGGCACAGAAUUCUUGUGAAUGUAGUAAAAACAAAACCCUGUGUUAUGAAUCAUCCCUUAAGAAACAAGGGCAAACUCAUACAGAAAAGAAACAUGAAUGUAAUCAAUGUGGAAAAGCCUUCAAAAGGAUUUCUAAUCUUAUUUUACGCAAGAAAAGUCACAUGGGUGAGAAACAAUACGAAUGUAAAGAAUGCAGUAAAGUGUUCAGUGAUUCCUCAACUUUAAGGAGACAUUUAAGAACACACACUGGAGAGAAACCCUAUGAAUGUAAUCAGUGUGGAAAAGCUUUCAGUCAAAAAACAUCCCUUAAUGCUCAUGUGAGAACUCACACUGGAGAGAAACCUUAUGAAUGUAAUCAGUGUGGAAAAUCCUUUGGCACAAGCUCCUACCUUAUAGUGCACAAGAGAAUACACACUGGAGAAAAACUCUAUGAAUGCAGUGAGUGCGGAAAAGCCUUCAACACGAGCUCUCACCUUAAAGUUCAUAAGAAAAUUCACACCGGAGAGAAUCUUUAUAAAUGCAGUGACUGUGGGAAAGUUUUCAGUGGACUCUCAUCCCUUAGAAUGCACGUAAGAACUCACACCGGAGAGAAGCCCUAUGAAUGUAAGGAAUGUAGGAAAGCCUUCAGUGUUUCAUCUUCCCUUAGGAGACAUGUGAGAGUUCACACUGGAGAGAAACCCUAUGAAUGUAUCCAAUGCGGAAAAGCGUUCAGUCAGAGCUCUUCACUUAUUAUACACAAAAGAAUUCAUACUGGGAGAGAAAUCCUAUAAGUGUUAGGAAUGUGGAAUUGCUCUUUUCAUUGUCUUAAGGUAGAUUCCAAUCUCCUUGUCUUAGUCUUUGUUCUCUAGAAUAACCAUUUAAAGUUAUAAAUCUUUCAUAAUAUAAUACCUUGUUCUAUAAAUACUAUCUAAUGACUUUUUUGAUCCAUGGCUAUCUAGAAUUAGGUAUUUUUAGUAUAUGAGCUAUGUAUAUUUUCAGUUAUCUUUUUAUUGUUGGUUUCUAAGUUAAUUCUAUCAUUUCUGGAGCAUCUGGACUAUAUUUUACUGCUUUGUUGGUGUUUUUGUGAAAGUUGUUGUAUGGCCCUAUGAGGCUGCUCUUGCUAGCAGCCAACCAAACACUGAGCUCAUCUUUCCUUACUAAUGAAUUCCAUUUUAGUCAAGAACAACAAGAUCUCUGGUUAUAGAAUUCUUUGACUUCUUGUAGCCUAGGGUAGCCAUGUCAUUCAUUCCUGCUGAUUCAAAAAUAGACUGAUAUCACUGGGAACAGAACUAUCUUGUCCUCUACUUUUUGCACUUUACCUUUUUCCCUAUGAAUUUGCCAUUCCUAGAGCUGCUGAAAGAGCUGUCUAGUGGCCAUGAGAGUGACAACUGUGGCCUAAGGAUGAAGUAGAAGAAAGAGAACCUUGUUCUUCAAAGAAACCUUUAAAUAGUUGUACCAGCCCUGCAUUGCUUUCUCCCAUAGAAAUGUAUCGGACAUGUUUCUAUGGGAGAAAAAUAUAUUAAUUGAUAUUUUUCUUUUUUUUCAGUUUUUC